AGUUUGUUAAAUUAAUCAUAUCUCUAUGUAAUUUUAAACCAACUAAUGAGUAUUAAAUUCUAUGGAAACCUCUAGCUUAAGAAGGGGGAGCUCCUAACUCUCUUCUCUUCCUCCACUACCACAUGUGAGCUAAUUACCUCUCGGUCUCAUAGUCUAGCACACGGUUUAUAUUAUUAUUGGUCUAAUCUACACAAUUCUUUCUCAAGUUCAUGCAUAAAUCACUAAAUCAAUUGAAAGGAUUUUAGAAACCCUAAUUGAAAUAGAAGUUAGACUUGGAAUAAAAAUAGGAAACUGAAUUUUAGAUGCUGAUUGCGUGGUGCUGAUACUUCGGAUUACGUGUUGACACCAAAUAGGAAACAGAAUCUGAUUCUGGACGUUUAGCGCAUGGUGUCGACACCCCGAUCAUGUGUCGACACUACACCCGUGUCGGGUUUUUGGCCUUCUUUUGCAAUUUCUUCAAUGGUAAAAUAACAGAAUUGGUUCCUGACUUCUGGGUUUUGCACAAGUUGAUCCUCAAGUCUCUGAUCUCUUCAAUUUACUUCUAAAAAGAUUUUAGAAACCCUAAUUGAAAUAGAAGUUAGACUUGGAAUAAAAAUAGGAAACUGAAUUUUAGAUGCUGAUUGCGUGGUGCUGAUACUUCGGAUUACGUGUUGACACCAAAUAGGAAACAGAAUCUGAUUCUGGACGUUUAGCGCAUGGUGUCGACACCCCGAUCAUGUGUCGACACUACACCCGUGUCGGGUUUUUGGCCUCCUUUUGCAAUUUCUUCAAUGGUAAAAUAACAGAAUUGGUUCCUGACUUCUGGGUUCUGCACAAGUUGAUCCUCAAGUCUCUGAUCUCUUCAAUUUACUUCUAAAAAGUAUGAUUUCUUCCAAUUAAAUCCUUUCCUACACA